AUGAACGGCUCGAGGCAGCUCAACGCAUAUGUUUGCCUCUUCGUUACCUUCACCGCAGCAACUAUAUGUUUAGCGUUACGGCUUAUAGCACGGAGAAUUACAAAGCUUCGCCUUUGGUUCGAUGACUAUUUAGCCAUUAUCGCAUUCAUUUGCGCAGGAGUAUGGUCCGGCCUCGUCCUAUGGUGGUUGCAGAUCGGCCUCGGCCGCUACCUCAAAGACAUUGACUCCCCCGACUUCUUGGUUCUGGAGAGGUCGCGCCUAAUCCUCUGGAACGUAGAACUCUUCUACGCGUUCUCGCUUGCGUUUACUAAACUCGCCAUCCUUGCUUUCUACUGGCGCAUGUUCAAAACUUCCAAGAUCAAAAUACCUAUUCAAGUUCUGGCCGGGUGCGCUAUUCUGUGGUUGGUCCUUCGUAAGUUCUGGCGCCCUGAGCUAGAAGGCGUUUGCAACAUCGAUGAUUCGAAGUUCUUCUUUGGAACCGUGCUCACGCAUUUGAUUCUCGACAUUGCGAUUCUAGCUCUACCUGUCAUUGAGGUUCAGAAGCUGCAUCUCCCCCUUGGGCAGAGGCUUGGAAUUAUGGGCAUGUUUAUGUUCGGUAUUUUUGUGUGUGUAGCGUCGAUCGUCGUGCUUGUGGAUUCAUUGCAGUACGAUACUAGCUCGAUUGAGGUGCCGUGGAACAUCUCUCCCAUCAUCAUCUGGGCCACUGUGGAGGUCAAUCUGGCUAUUGUCUCCGCAUGCCUCCCCAUGCUCCGCCCAAUCUACUUUGUCGUUACACGCCGCGGCCCAAUCAGCAAAAACAACUCGUCGCACCUCUCCUACCCAUCGUCCUUCCCUAACGGUCGCUCGGUCCCUAGCGCCCACAAACUCGCAACCAUUACCGUUAGUAAGAACAAUGACUUCGACGAAACUGGCUCGACGCACCAGCUGGCAGGCGCUCGCGGGGGUUCAAUUAGUAGUACGAGCAGCAACGGUGGAGAUGGAGACAGACAUGGGAUGCAGACUAUCAUUGUGGGGAGGGCGACGAGUGAUAAGCGGGAGGAGAGAUCCAGGUGGAAUGGAGGGAUGGGUGGGAUCAUGGUUACGAAUGAGAUGAGUGUGAGCGUUUCGACUAUAAGGUAG